AUGGAGUGCGAAUAUGGUAGUUUGCCAGUAGUAUGCGAACAGCAUCCUGUUGAACUAUACGGCAAAACAAUAUGGAAACCGUGCCCGUUCGGAUAUAUAUGCAUGAACAAAACCGCCUAUUAUCAAUAUCCAUCCGACUUCAACUGUUAUAAUUUCACCACAUAUUCGUGUCAUCGUCGCAGAAGAUAUAUCUAUUCGUGCGUUUGCAAGAAAGGACGUCGAAAAAUGUGA